CUCUGUAUCUGAAUGUGUUCAGCAUCAGUAUCACUUUAUAAAUGAGAAGAAGAACUGGACUGAAGCUCAGAAAUACUGCAGAGAGAAAUACACAGAUCUGGCCACCACUGAUGACAUGAACGACAUGAAGGAGCUGAACAAGAGUGUGACUGAUAGAAGUCUUCAGUAUGUCUGGAUUGGGCUGCAGAAGACGGGUCGUGAUGAAUGGCAUUGGUCUUCAGGUGAACCUGUGCUCUAUCUGAACUGGGCUCCUGGACAACCAGAAGAUAAAGGAGAAGAGUGUGGUAUGAUGACAAAUGGACAAUGGCAUGAUUUGCCAUGUAGUAAUAACCAGCAUUUCAUCUGCAACAACACAAACACAGGACUCGUCCUUGUCAAUCAGAUGAUGAAUUGGAGAGACGCUCAGAGUUACUGCAGACAGAAUCACAUUGAUCUGGUCAGUGUGAAAAACCAGAAUGAGAAUCAACAGGUUCAGAAGAUCAUCAGUGAUAAUAACUCAUCUGGAUUAUGGAUCUGGAUCGGUCUGUUCAGAGACUCAUGGCAGUGGCCAGAUCAGAGUGACUCCUCAUUCAGAUACUGGAAAACUGGUCAACCUGAUAAUUAUGGAGGUCGUGAAGGCUGUACAGUGGUUGAAAUGAAUGCUCAGGGCCAAUGGCAUGAUGUCCCUUGCACCAACAAGUAUACUUUUGUGUGUCAUGAAGAUAAGCUGAUUCUGAUCAAGGAGAAUCUGACGUGGUCUGAAGCUCUGAGAUACUGCAGACAGAAUCAUGUGGAUCUGCUCUCGGUUCAUUCAGAAGAGAUUCAGCAUUGUGUGAUGAACGUGGUUAAACGAGCGUCUACUGCGGCGGUGUGGUUGGGUUUACACUACUGCGUCAUGAACAUGUGGCUCUGGCUGAGUGGAGAGGUCGUGUGCUAUCAGAACUGGGCUCCAGGGAACGGAACAACACCCGAAAACUGCAAACUGGAGAACAGAAAAGGAGCAGUUCAGUCUGGAGGAGAUCAGUGCUGGAUCAGCCUUCCUGAAUCUCACAAACUCAACUUCAUCUGCAGCAGAAAUUAAGAGCUAAUGUGUUUACUUACAUUAACAAUUUUCAUAGGCCACUUCAUUAUCUUUCUGAUUUACUUUUAUGUUUUUUUUUUAUUUAGUAAGUUCUGAGUGAAUCUCCUUAUUGGGUUUUAAAAGUGGAAAAAAAUCUGUUUUAUUUCUGUUAUGAUAUAUGUGUAUUUCCGGUGUGGUUAUGACUCUGUAUGUUUUGCACUAAUAAUUUCUUUUGAACACAAACAUGAAAACAC